UUGGUUUUUCCAUUUUUACAAUAUGGAAAAUUUUGAUGAGAAUAAAGCAUCGCCAUCAUCAUCAGGUGAUCAUGGCGCACCGUCAGCUUCUCCGCCAGCAUCAGGACGAUCCACGCCCUACUUUGAUUUCGAUGAGGCACAAUAUACAUUACAUAAUUAUGAGCCGCCGUUCUCAAUGGGACCAUAUGAGAUGAACUUUGAUGACUUUACAAUUUGCAAGCCGUGCCCCCUUGCGACUGAUGCUCGGGCCAUGGAGGAACUAGCUGGCUGUAACUACACACAGCGCAUCCCAUACGAGUUGGCACGUUUGGGGCUGGCGAAGCGUCGGGUGCGCGUUUAUGCCGAUGGCAUAUACGAUCUCUUUCAUCAGGGCCAUGCCAGGCAGCUGAUGCAGGCAAAGAACAUAUUUCCGAAUGUUUAUUUAAUUGUUGGGGUGUGCAGUGAUGAGUUGACAUUGAAAAUGAAGGGUCGCACCGUCAUGGCUGGCCAUGAGCGCUACGAGGCAGUGCGCCAUUGCCGCUACGUGGAUGAGAUUGUUGAAAAUGCACCCUGGAAAUUGACCUAUGAGUUUCUGAAUGAGCACAAAAUUGAUUUUGUGGCACACGACUUUCCCUAUGGUGUGGGGGCCGAUAAUGAUAUUUAUUCUGUGCUCAAGGCACGCGGCAUGUUAGUGGAAACCCAGCGCACUGCAACUGUGUCCACCACGGAAAUUGUGGGACGUAUCGUCAAGGACUACGAUUUGUAUGUGCGUCGCAAUCUAGCCCGUGGCUAUUCUGCACAGCAGCUGAACCUUUCAUUUCUGUCCGAAAAGAAGGUGCGUCUGCAGAUCAAAAUGGAGGAGCUGAAAGAUCGCGGCAAGCUGAUGAAGGGCAUCAUCGUUGCCAAAUGGGAGCGCAAGACUCGUAAGUUAAUGGCCGCCUUUCUACAAACUUUCGAACGCGUUCUGCCCACGUUCUGGAACGAGUCAAUGAGCAGGAUAAUGCGAGCCUGGGAAUCGAUUGCAGCGAUUAAUGGAGAGGAACAGCCGAUGGCGAACGAUUCCGACGAUUCUGAUUCUGAUAGUAGAUACGGAUUCCGACGAGGACUAUUAUGA